GGGGCAGGAAAGAGGGCUAUAAGGGCCGUGGCCCAGGCGGGAGGGAGCCAGGCGGGCCAUGGCGGAUGUCCCCGGGGCGCAGCGACCGGUUCCCGGCGGCGGCCCAGAGCCCCGGGACCCCCUGGACUGCUGGGCCUGCGCUGUGCUGGUCACCGCCCAGAAUCUGCUGGUGGCUGCCUUCAAUCUUCUCCUGCUGGCGCUGGUGCUGGGGACCAUCCUGCUGCCCGCUGUCACCAUGCUAGGCUUUGGCUUCCUCUGCCACUCCCAGUUCUUGCGCUCCCAGGCGCCCCCUUGCACCGCGCACCUGCGGGACCCGGGCUUCACAGCCCUGCUGGUCACCGGAUUCCUGCUCCUCGUGCCGCUGCUCGUGCUUGCUCUGGCCAGCUACCGCCGCCUCUGCCUCCGCCUCCGCCUGGCCGAUUGCCUCGUGCCUUACAGCCGAGCCCUCUAUCGGCGCCGGCGCACCCCGCAGCCGCGGCAAAACCGGCCCUCGCCAGAGCCCCAGGCCGUUCCAACAUCAGGAAAGGUCUGGGUCUGAGGACCCUCGAGUCAAGAACAACCCCGAGGAGUGCCCUCUCUCCCGGUCGGCCCAAGGACUUGAGGCCCGGGGGUCUCCCGACCUACCCUGUCCCCGCUCCUGCCUAAGCCGGGUCCCAGCAUCCUCUUGAGAAACAGAACGGCAGCAUCUGUGGACCCAAUUCUGGUGAAAAUUCGCCACACCCCGGAAAACCCACUUUCCCCUCUCUACCCAUAUCUGAAUCCUGAACAUCUGGGCUGGACCCUGCAUCCCCCACCCCCCCUGUGAAUAGGACAACUGAACCUCGGUGGUGCGCUGGUGCCCUCCUUUUCCGGUGCUGCUCCUAGUAUUUACGGGCUGUGGGGUGGGGUGGGGUGGGGUGGAGUGGGCGAUGCUGGAGGGGAAGGAGUCAUCACACAUCAAUAAAGAAUUAAUGAACUGAA